AUGUCAAAACCGAACAAAGACGCCGACAUUGACACACUCCACCCUGAGCUCCAGAAGCUCUUUGCGCGCAAGGGUCCUCCCCCACCCCUGCCCGUCCCGACGCGCAAAACGAUCCCAACCUUCCGCAAACAGUUUGCAGCAGGUCGUCAGCGGUACAACGACUCCUCUUUCGUCAAGUCGACUCUGCCCCCGUCACAAACCUGGUCCGAACGGGCUAUCGAGAUCCCCGUCCGUGACGGCACCUCGAUCCUGGGCCGCGUGUACCUGCCCUUCACGCCGACGGAGGCAUCAGCGGGUGGCGUGCCCGUCGUGGUCUUCUUCCAUGGCGGCGGCUGGUUUAUGGGCGACCUGGACACCGAAGCUCACGACUGCCGCGUCAUCUGUGCGCGGCUGGGCGUCGCCGUCAUCGACGUUGCUUAUCGGCUGUAUCCCAACGUCGAAUUCCCCGUGCCGGUCACGGAUGCGUAUGAUGCGGUCACGUACGUCGCCGCCGAGUACUCAAGCCUCGGCUCCAGGGAGUGCGUAAUCGACGCAACAAAAGGCUUCGUCGUAGCUGGUAGUUCCGGAGGCGGCACGUUCGCCACCAUUAUCUGUCACCUAGCACGUGACGAUGGACUGAAGCCGCCGUUGACGGGGUGUCACGUCACGUGCCCUAUUCUCAGCGAGGGAGACGACGCGCACGGCGGGAGGUUGUUCGGGCCUGCGCGUUAUCAAAGCUGGGACCGACACCGCAAGGCCAUUCUCAUGGACGAGAGGAUGUAUCGCGCCAUCAGAACGCUCGCAACCUACCCAGACCACUCACCGCUGCUGACACCCUUCCACUUCCCCUCCCAUAAAGACCUGCCGCCGACCGCCGUUCAAGUCGCCGGCGUCGACCCCUGGCGAGACGGCGGCGUCAUCUACACCGAGGAGCUGGCUAAGGCGGGCGUGCCCACCCGUCUCGAUGCGUACCACGGCCUGCCGCACAUCUGGUGGACGACGUUCUCCAUGGUAAGCGCGUCGCGAACGAGGUUUGACGACAUGGUCAGGGCCUAUGCGUGGUUGCUCGGCGGCGGGACAGGGGCCUUGGAUGGUGGGAAGGCGAAUCUCUGA